AUGCCCCCGCUCCCCUCCUCCUUCUCCUCGAGCUCGACCUCACGCUCUCCUCCACGAUUACGUCCAGACGAAGCCCGGCCGUCCACCCCGCUCCUCUCGGACCCGGGAGCCAAGGAGUCAGGAUAUGAUGUUCCAUCAUAUAGUACCAGAUCGUCCCCACUACGCCAGCCUCGAGCUGUAGCUGGUUCAAGCGAGGAUGAGCUGGAGUUGGGCGUCGGGGGUGGGGGUGGGAUUGAGCUGGAAGAGGGUUUGGAGUCGCCCAUUGGCGACAGGGAGCACAGAGCAAGGAGGGAGCGCUCGGGCAGUGGGAUGAGCGGAAGGGGUGCAAGGACGGCGGAGGAGGUACAGGAAGUAUGGGGACCAAAGAGCCAAUGGCUGUUGUUCAUCGGUAUCGGCCUAUCUGCUUACAUCUACUCACUAGACGGACUUACCACUUGGCAAUAUCUGCAAUAUGCAACAUCUGCAGUCCUGGAACAUUCAUUAUCUGGGACAAUAGGUACCGUUCAAGCUAUCAUCAUCGCCGUUGGGAAGCCACUCAUGGCCAAGCUGGCUGAUGUUGUGGGGCGAGCGGAGACGUUUAUCAUCGUCACGAUACUCUACGUGCUAGGAUAUCUCAUCAUCGCUACAGCGAACGACAUCAGGCAGAUCGCAGCGGGGGAGAUCUUCUACGCGUUUGGAUAUACCGGUCUACAAAUGCUGCAGCUGAUCGUAAUCGCGGAUAUGACCAACUUGCGCUGGCGUGGGCUGGUCACUGGCCUGAUCUCAGCACCGUUCAUCAUUAAUAACUUCGUCUCGGCUGAAAUCGCACAGCGAGUCCUGCCAAAUUGGCGUUGGGGAUAUGCGAUGUUUGCCAUUCUCAUACCUGUAUCACUAUCGCCCAUGAUCGCCGCCCUCCUCUGGGCACAGUGGAAGAUCCGUAAAGCGAGGCGAUUACGCCGUGCCCGUCCUACGUUGAAACGUGCUUGGUCGACGGCAGCAUACGACGCCGCGUCCGAAAUGGACUUCGUCGGUCUUCUUCUCAUCGCGGCCUCGCUCGCGCUGAUCCUCCUCCCUAUGGGUCUGCUCAAGCGCGAGUCGGAGCAGAAAUGGCACAAUCCCGGCCUCUUCGUCAUGAUCGCUGUGGGCGUUGUACUGCUUCCGGUAUUCCUGGUGUAUGAAGCCAAAUACCCCUCCAAGCCUGUCGUACCUAUGCGGUGGCUAGGGAGGGGGCCCAUUCUGGGGGCAUGCCUGAUUGGGUUUCUGGACUUUAUGAGUUUUUACUUGCAGUAUACAUACCUCUACUCAUACGUCUAUGUUACUCGCGAGUGGAGUUAUCGGGAGCUCACGUACUUCGUGGCUAUACAAAGCUUGGUCAUGACUUGCUUCGGUAUCGUCGGCGGCGCAGUCAUGUGGGCGACUCACCGUUUCAAGUACAUGCUCGUCCUCGGCCUGAUCAUCCGCCUCUCCGGCUGCCUCGCCAUGAUCCGCGCACGCUCACCCACCGGCACCGUCCCCGACCUGAUAGCCUGCCAGGUCCUCCAAGGCAUCGGCGGCGGUUUCGCAGCUAUCGCUAUCCAAGUCUCUGCCCAGGCGUCCGUCGCCCACGUCGACGUCGCGACCGUCACUGCCCUCGUCCUCCUCUUGUCGGAAGUAGGCAAUUCGGUCGGUUCGGCCGUAGCUACUGGGAUAUGGACGACGUAUAUGCCUUUGGAGCUGGAACGGCUCGUCCCUGGCGCAGAGGGGAAUACGACGUUGGUGAAAGAGUUGUUUGGGAGUAUGGAGAGGAUCGUGGAGUACCCGAUGGGGGAUCCGGUCAGGAUGGGUGCGAUCGAGGCUUAUCAUAGCGUCAUGUACACCCUCGUCCUGUUCGCUGCGGUCGUCGCGGUCCUCCCGCCUAUCGUCUGCCUCCUGCUCACGAAGGAUAUCCACCUCGGUCGCGCCCAGAACGCGCACGAUGGAAAAGAUCUAGCGGGUCGAUCUAUCCGCUCUGGUCGUCGAGAUCGAUCGCGAGGUACUCGGGCGGACAGGUCAGGGAGUAUGGCGUUGACUCUGACAGAUACCGAGGCGGACCAGGAUGAUGCGCAGGGCAACGAGCUGGAUGGAGAUGAGCAUGACGACGAGGAUGAGCACAGGGGCCGUUUGAGCAGGAUGGGCAGUGAAGGUGGCGUAGGGUCGUUUCCGUGGGGAUCUACUGGAAGCUUUGCGGCGACGUUCGAGGCAAGUCCUUCUAGAGCCGCGAGGGAUAGAUCAGGGGAGCGGAAUUAUCAGUCGGUAUCGGAAGAAGGGUGGGAUGAGGUGGAUACAAGGAGGUCGGAGCGGGAGGGGUUGCUGGCUGUACCUUCGCCGGGACGGGGGGAGGCUUCGGGAGAGUGA